GGUUUCUAGAUCAGCCUCGCCCGUUCCUGAGCCUAAAGUCCUAGCUGAUUGGUCGGGACUCAGUCUUUGCCCCUGAACUCGAGGAUGGGGACCCUGGGGCUCCGGCCCCUCCUGCUGCUCUCGGGGGCCCUGGUGCUGGCAGAGACCCGGGCAGGUUCCCACUCCCUGCAGUUCUUCACCACCGCCGUGUCCCGGCCGGGCCGCGGGGAAGCCCGGUACAUCACCGUGGGCUACGUGGACGACACGCCGUUCGCGCGCUUCGACAGCUACGCCGAGAACCCGAGGGUGGAGCCGCGGGCGCCGUGGAUGCGGCAGGUGGAGCCGGGGUACUGGGACCGGAACACGCGGUUCGUCAAGCGCAGCGCACAGAACUACCGAGUUAUGCUCGACAACCUGCGCGGCUACUACAACCAGAGCGAGGCCGGGUCUCACACCUACCAGUCUAUGUGCGGCUGCCAUCUGGGGCCAGACGGGCGCCUCCUCCGCGGGUACGAACAGUUCGCCUACGACGGCGCCGACUACAUCACCCUGAACGAGGACCUGCGCUCCUGGACCGCAGCCCACACGGCGGCUCAGAUCACCCAGCGCCAGUGGGAGGCGUGCGGUCAAGCUGAGCUCCGCAGAAGCUACCUGGAGGGGGAGUGCGUGGAGUGGCUGCGCAGAUACCUGGAGAUGGGGAAGGAGACGCUGCAGAGCCCAGUCCCCCCAGAAACACGUGUGACCCACCACCCCAUCUCUGACCAAGAGGCCACCCUGAGGUGCUGGGCCCUGGGCUUCUACCCUAAGGAGAUCUCGCUGACCUGGCAGCAGGAUGGGGAGGACCAGACCCAGGACACGGAGCUCGUGGAGACCAGGCCUGGGGGCGACGGAACCUUCCAGAAGUGGGCGGCUGUGGUGGUGCCUUCUGGGGAGGAGCAGAGAUACACGUGCCGUGUGCAGCACGAGGGGCUGCCCGAGCCCCUCACCCUGACAUGGGAGCGGUCAUCCCAGCCCACAGCACUAAUCGUGGGAACCAUCGCUGGCCUCAUUCUUGGAGCUGUGGUCACCGCAGCAAUGCUCAUUGCUGUGAUAAAGAGGAAGAAGAGCUCAGGAAGCACAGUCCACACACAGGUACUGGAACACUUACGCUACUGUAGCCCACGUGUGAAAAUAAAGGACCAAGUUACCACCUUGGGGACUGCAGUGAUGGGGGCCUGAACCUGGUCGGCCAGAGCGGAAGGGCCCGGCUGAGAACCCUCCAGAAGGGGAGCUACCUGCCUCCGGCAGACCUCCUCCCCUGUGUCCCCCUCUUGCCCAAGGUCUGCAGUCACGGGCCGGGAAGCUUCCUUAGGGUCUCGUAACCCUUGCUGCUCGCUGGC